AUCACUCACUCGAUCCCUCUCUCACACACCCACAAUGAUCCAGCUGAGCAUCGUUUCCUACACCCUUUUGGCCGCUCUGGCCGCCCUGGUGGUCGCCCUGGCCAUCGACGUCUUCCGGCGCCGCCGCCUCCAAACCAAACAAGCCCUCCUCAUCGGGCAAGAUGAGCUGCCGGAGGCGCCGGGACCGCGCUCGUGGCCCCUCAUCGGCUCCAUGCACCUUCUGGGAGGGUACGAGGUGCCGUACGCCGCUUUCACCGACCUGGCCAAGAGGUACGGGCCCGUCAUCAACCUGCACCUGGGCAACCAGAAGUGCCUGGUGGUCAACGGCCUCAACAACAUCAAGGAGGUGCUCAUCGCAAAGGGCGCCCACUUCGACGGCAGGCCCAACUUCGCCAGGUUCCACCAGCUCUUCUGCGGCGACAAAGAGAACUCUCUGGCUUUCUGUGACUGGUCCGAACUGCAAAAGACGCGCCGAGAGAUGCUGCGCGCCCACACCUUUCCGCAGUCCUUUUCUGCCAGGUUCUCGCACCUGGACAGUUUCGUGGCUGAGGAGAUGCACGACCUGACGGCCCGUUUGGACGCGACCGCCGGCGCCUCCACGGCCAUCAAGCCUGAGCUGAUCCACGCGUGCGCCAACAUCUUCAGCGCCUACUUUUGUUCCAAGAAGUUCGACCGUCACGACGCGGCGUUCAACCACACCCUGGACAUCUUCGACUCGAUCUUCUACGAGGUCAACCAGGGUUGCGCCGCCGAUUUCCUGCCCUGGCUGCUGCCCUUCCACAGCAAGCAGAUGGCCCAGAUGAAGCAGUGGAGCCACGAAAUCCGGCAGUUCAUGGAGACCCACAUCAUCAACGACCGACUGACCAGAAGGCGUCAGGGUCUGGUGUCUCAGGAAGAGUCAGGGGACUACAUCGAAGCCCUUCUUGAGCACGUUGAGAGCCAGCAGAAGGAGAAACUGCUGACCCUGGACUCGGCCAUGUUCGCUCUGGAGGACAUCGUCGGAGGUCACUCGGCUGUGGCCAACCUGCUGGUCAAGGCCCUGGGCUUCGUGGCUUCCAGACCUGAGGUGCAAGAAAGAGUCAAGGCUGAGGCUGACCUGGUCACUGGCAACGGAGCUCGACCUUUGACUCUUCAGGACCGACCUGUCAUGCCCUACACUGACGCAGUCAUCCUGGAGGCCAUCAGGAUGAUUUCCUCUCCGAUUGUCCCACAUGUUGCCAACCAGGACAGUUCUAUUGCAGGAUACAAAAUCGAGAAAGACACCCUGAUCUUCCUCAACAACCACGAACUGAACACCAGUGACAAGCUCUGGGACGAGCCGUCGAAAUUCAAGCCCGAGCGGUUCCUCUCCACAGGGCGUCUCAUCAAACCCGAGCACUUUCUGCCCUUCGGCGUCGGCAGGCGUUCCUGCAUGGGCUACAAAAUGGUCCAAUUCCUCUCCUUCUCCAUUCUGGGCACCCUUCUGCAGAAAUACCGCCUGGAGCCCGAGCAGGACUACAAAGUGCCCGUCGGCGACCUUGCCCUGCCCAAGGACACUUUCAAAUUCAAAUUCAUCGCUCACUAAUGGGCGCGAAUUUCAACCCAUGUAUUUUUGUAACCAAUGUGAUAAAAUAUCGAACUGCUGGAAAGUUUUCAGACUCGCGUCCCCACUCAAAGAAGCAUAGACUGCCCCUCAUUAUGUACCAUAAAUAUCAGACUGCCACACACUGCUGCACAUAUCAUAUAUUUAUUGUGAAAUUUAAGCGUUACUGCUUUAAAGUACUGAAAAAGGUCUCAAUAUUGCUUUGUCAGCCAAAUAAUUAUUACUUGCAAGCGACUCUGCUGAGGGAUCAACAGCGAUUAUUGUUUAAAUGUGUACCUAAUUAUAUAUAAAUAUUUUAAUUAUUCUCAACUAUAUUAUAUUGUAAAUUAUCUUUUUUACUGUAAAUUUAAUGUUCGACUGUGUAAAGUUACCACCCAGAUAAAAGAAACAUUUUUCAAGACAUAAUUCUAUAUGAAAGUGUUUAUUAUACUUGAAUUGCAACGUGCAUAUUUUGUUCAUGUUAAACUAUAACCAUCGUUUUGCAAAUACAAAAGAAAAUGACGUAUAAAUAAAACUGUCCAAAAUGGAAUUGUAAUAAUUGCUUUUC